UUGUUCGUUUUGUGCGAAAAUGUGGUCAUUAUUGCCAAGCAUUUCAUACAACUGGCCAACAUGUAUACUAAAUAAUACUUAAAAGAUUUCAACAAGACGCAGAGGACGAAGGACGUCGCUCAAAUUCUAAAAAAAGAUAACCAGCAGUAAGCUAUAACUUGUAGCUGUGGCUGCAGCUUAAUGCCAACACGUUUCCAGCGUAACUACACAUUUGAAACGCCAAAGAAAAAGAAAAAAAAUGAAAUAUUUUUUAAAUAUUUUACUAAUGAGCUUAAUACCUACAUUGAGUGUACAACUUACAUACCAGCAGACGCCAGCAGAAUUAGAUAACUUAGCAGCAGCAGCGGGAGGAGGAGGAGCAGGCGAUUACCUAAUGGAUACAAAAACUGAAGACAAUUUUUUGGAUGUGCCCUCAAAAGUUAAUGCUCUGUCGGCCGUACUGGAGGACCAAUUAAAGCCCACCUUAAAACUGUAUGAAUUUGAUGCUGCAAAGUUCUAUCGCCAACUAAAUGCCACCAUGUUUGGCGGUGAUGCUGAUGACUUCAAUUUCUCCCUGCCAAAUUCUUCGUAUGAUGAGUAUGACAAUGAUUAUGGCUGCACCUCAGGCCAACAUACCAUAAUUAAUCUAAUAACCAUGAUUUUGUACUCUUUGGUGUGCAUUAUAGGUUUGUUUGGCAACACUUUAGUUAUUUAUGUAGUUUUGAGGUUUUCCAAAAUGCAGACGGUAACAAACAUUUACAUUUUAAAUCUGGCCAUAGCUGAUGAGUGUUUCCUUAUUGGCAUACCCUUUCUAUUGUACACCAUGCAAAUUGGCAGCUUUCAAUUUGGAGAGUAUGCCUGCAAGGCUUAUAUGGUGAGUACUUCAAUAACCCAGUUUACUUCUUCCAUAUUCCUGCUCAUCAUGUCCGCCGAUCGCUAUAUAGCUGUGUGUCAUCCCAUCUCUUCGCCACGCUAUCGCACGCCCUUGGUUUCGAAAAUGGUUUCGGGUUUUGCCUGGUUGACCUCAGUGCUCUUAAUGUUGCCCGUGAUAUUGUUCGCCAAUACGGUGGAGAAUGGCGAGCAUAUAUCGUGCAACAUUAAGUGGCCGGAAGCUCAGAAUACCCAAUCGGGUACCACAUUUAUACUGUACUCAUUGGCAUUGGGUUUCGCUACCCCUCUUAUAUUCAUUUUAGGCUUCUAUUGCUUGGUCAUACGUAAACUGCAUACAGUUGGCCCCAAGCACAAGUCCAAAGAGAAGAAGAGGUCACAUCGGAAAGUCACCAAACUGGUCCUAACAGUGAUUACAGUAUACAUUCUAUGUUGGUUACCCUAUUGGAUAUCCCAGGUAGCUUUGAUAACAUCGUCACCCGGCAAUUGUGCUUCACGCUUGGAAAUAACUAUUUUCCUAUUUGUGGGUUGUUUGGGUUACUCCAACUCAGCCAUGAAUCCCGUACUCUAUGCCUUUCUAAGUGAUAAUUUCAAAAAGUCAUUUAUGAAAGCCUGCACCUGUGCAGCGCGCAAAGAUGUCAAUGCCCAGCUGCAACUGGAAAACAGUCUAUUCCCCAAAUUUAACAAAUCCCGGCCCACAGAAAAACUACUCUCGAAUAAUAAAAACAAACAGAAAAAUUCAAUUCUAAAUAGAAAAAAUAAUAAAGCCAAAAAUAUGGUAAGCUCCUCGGCUGCCACCACUUGCACCACCAACACUACCACCCUAGAGGCCGGCAAUAAUAUUGCCAUUUGUCCUUCCACACAAAUGAAACAUUUGUUGCAAAAUCCCAACACUCAGGCCUCUACAUCCUCCAAUCAUCAUACACCCUCAGCCCAGCUUAUAGCCAUACAGGGCGCUAUUACGGAAAACUCCAAUUUAGAAAGUUCUUCCGAUUGUUCAGAUACUCAGACUAAACCACCGGUUUUGCACACCGAUUUAUAAGAGAGAAAGUAUAAGAGAUUAAAAGCUAAAGAAUGCAUAGUUGUUUUGCAGCAUCAUCAACAAUCUAAUCAAUUAUAGUAGUAGAACUUUGAAAUCCAAUAAACUAAUUUAAAUUUAGAUAGAAUUUUAGAAAUUGAGAAAUCAUAAGUAUUAAUUAAACAGAGUAAAAGAAAUUUAUACACAAACUUGAUAUUAAAAUGAAAAAAAGCAAAAAAAUCAAAUGCAAAUUCAAAAGAAAAACUAAACAUUUUGUAUAAGAAAAAGCUUGAAAUUUUUUUUAUUGAACAAAAAUACUCUCCCCCACCCCCCCAAAUAGCAAAAAAGGUCCAAUAUAAAAGAAUUUACUAAAUAACCAACAUAUAAAAGGAAUUUUGAACAAAGUUGAACAUUUAAUAGAUAAAAAUCGUUUAUAUUUAAAUGGUUGUAUUACAGAAAUCAAUAUAAAGUAAGGUUUUAACAAGUUCCUAGAGUACAGUGGCGAAUAA